CGCGGGUUCAUUAUUUUUAUCAUUAGCACUCAGAAGUGUUUGUCUCUGACGGCUGCUCCUGCUCCUCCUCAGCUGUGAUGUCUGCGCAGGAGUGAUGGUUUAGCGCAGCGGUCAGCCGCGGCCGAGCGUGGGAUGUUACGCUGGACGGUGCACCUGGAGGGCGGCCCGCGGAGGGUCAACCACGCGGCUGUGGCGGUCGGACACAAGGUCUACUCCUUCGGAGGAUACUGCUCCGGAGAAGACUACGAGACCUUGAGACAGAUUGACGUGCACGUCUUCAACACGGUGUCUCUGCGCUGGACGAAGCUGCCGCCGGUGCGCACCGGAGGAAGGGAGCACGCUCGGGAAGUGCCCUACAUGCGCUACGGACACACGGCGGUGCUGGUGGAGGAGACGGUGUUGAUCUGGGGCGGCCGGAACGACACAGAGGGCGCGUGCAACGUGCUGUACGCCUUCGACGUCUCUCAGCACCGCUGGUUCACUCCCAAGAUCUCCGGGACGGUCCCAGGUGCCAGAGACGGACACUCGGCCUGUGUUCUGGGAAAGGCGAUGUACAUCUUCGGUGGAUACGAGCAGCUGGCUGACUGUUUCUCCAAUGAGAUUCACAAGCUGGACACCAGCAGCAUGUGUUGGUCACUAGUGAGCGCCCGGGUGAGUGUGAUUCGCUCAGAAACCUCACUAGUCUCUUAUCAACAGGUGUGCGCAUGCAUCAUGACAUCAUCACUGUGCUGCAGCAGAGCAUCAUGGGAUAUAAGACAGUGGUUGUGUGUGAGAGAGUGUGUGUUCAAGAUCUUCGACACGGAGACAAACUGCUGGCUAAACACACCGUCUGCACAGCUGCUGCCCGAGGGACGCAGGAGCCAUUCUGCCUUUGCCUACAAUGGAGAAUUGUACAUAUUCGGUGGUUAUAAUGCUCGUUUGGAUCGACACUUCAACGACCUCUGGAAGUUCAAUCCAGAGGCGUUCUCCUGGAAGAAGGUGGAGCCCAAGGGCAAAGGCCCAUGUCCCAGACGGAGACAGUGCUGCUGUAUGGUGGGAGAUCGCAUCAUCCUCUUCGGAGGAACCAGUCCGUGUCCGGAGCAGGGGAUGGGCGACGAGUUUAACCUCAUGGACCAUUCGGACCUGUACCUCCUGGACUUCAGUCCUAAUCUGAAGACUUUAUGCAAGCUAGCAGUUAUUCAGUACAGUCUGGAGCAGUCGGGACUCCCUCAUGACAUCAGGUGGGAGCUGAACGCUAUGACCACUAACAGUAACAUCAGCCGGCCCAUAUUCUCCUCUCACGGCUGACAGCAGAACCCUCUCCAGACUCCCGCUCCACAGAUGAUUGACUUUGACCCGUUUGGAUCUGGAUUGCCGUUCCCUGCCGGGUUUCGCUGCUGUUGAACUUGAUUCCUGCUGAGGAGAAACGGACCGUCACAAUCUUAAAUCAGUCCAAUUAUUCAUCAGUGUUACACGUUUUAUUGCGGUUUUGGAGUGAAAUGAAGAUCAUUUAGCCUGUAAUCUGUCAGUUCUCUGCUUGUGUUCAGAUCGCUCCGCCGGGUUUAAAUGCAAGACUUUACGGUUCCACACGUGCUCUUACACAUCGACCGCAGAGAUGAUCUUCAGAGAAGACUGGACUGGUUUUCUGUUUACCCACAGUGCUUCUGACAAUAAAACCUGACUCAACAAUCAAUAGAAACGGAAAUAUCCUUCUGCAUGCAUGCGUUCUGUCUUAGAUCUCAAAGAGUGGGAAAAAGCAAAUGAUGUUGUAAAGUUUUCAGAAAAGGUUAGAAUGUUUUCUCAUUUACUCAAUCACACAGAAAGAUCAACACCGAUCAAAUAAACCUCCUCUGGUGUUUCUGGGCUCAAUCUCUUGUCCAGUUUCUCCAGAUUCACAUCUUUCACAGUCUGGCUUUUCAGAGACGUCUUAAAAUCAGAUCCAUUGCUGCUGUUGCUUAACACCCCUUUAUAUUUGAUCUGAAUCUGUACUGUUCUGCAGAAUAUUGAUGUUGAGAGGUUAUUGAGUCUGAUGGUGCCAAAGCUGAAGGUGUUCCUCUGGAUCAGUCUUCGCCUGGCUUUUAUUUGCGUCUCGUCCGCUGCCUGAUCAACUUCUCCAGAACUUCAGAAGGUCUGGAAUCAAAGUCUUCUGGUCUGGAUGGAUUUGAAGCAUUUUAUUCGAGAUUUUAUUCAUUGUGUCUGAAUAUCUGACAUUACACGGUCAUAAUGAAUAUUGUGCAAACGGAGCGCGUCAGAAAAUUCAACCGUCCUCAAUCGUUUCCCUCAUAAAUAAUGAUUCGAUGAAAGUGACUCAAAACUGUCUCAAAAUGAAACCGGAUGAAGCUGAAGUGCAUUUUCAUAAUGAUCUGUAGCUUGAAAUAGAAAUGUUGAAAUAGUCAUUUAAUCCCUCAGACAUUCCAUGAUGCUUUCAUGGGCUAACAGACACAUGCUAUGAUAGACAUGUUUUAUAUGUAGUGAACGAGAGGAACACACUACUCUUUAGGUUGUGAUUGGCCAGUUACUUCUCGAGUGUAAAUGCUGGGAUUCAGAGUGUUUUUUGAUCAUGUUCGGCUCUCGAUGUGUGAAGGAACGUUUGGAAACGUCACUGAGCCUCGAGCGUGAUUCCUGGCAGGUGGAUGAAUCUGUUUCCACGAGUUAUGUUAUAAACGGGUUUUUAGGGGGAUCUUGAAUUUCCUAAACAAUAAAACUGAUGAUAAUUUUGCUUAUUUUCUGCUUAAAUGUGCAGUGUGAAGUGUUGGAACGUGAGUGUGAUAUAAAGAGCACAUUGAGAAUUGUUUUCCUGUAACACCACGAAUUUAAACACAAUUUUGAGAAGACGUCA